AUCGUUUAGGGCCGUGUGGCAAUAGCCAGGUGGCUUCAGUUACUUGACGGCAUGCAGCAACCGAGCACACAGCGAGGCGAUGGCUUCGUCUAUUGCUACGAUAGCCUGUACAGGCUGCUCUUCUAUUCGGGCAUCCUCACAUUUCGGCUGCACAGUCAGAGCGAGGGUGGACCCAAAUCAACACGGCUCCGAGUUCUCUAUGCACUAGCUGCGCGCGUUAGCCUGCUGGGUGGAUUUGUGGGCGGCGUUUACGUGAAGCUGAGUGAUCCACAAAUGUCGCAGGCCAUGUUCAGUCGCCUCUCGCCGCUGGUUAAGAUCAUCUUCACCUGGGAAUGCAUCUCGUGCAUUUUGACCUACCUGGAGCACUGCAUAUCCCUGGAUGUGAAUCGCACUAGGCACAUUGGCUUGCUGGCUAGCAUGCAACUGCUGGACACACAAAUCUCAGCCGAGUUCACGCAUGUUCAAUGGCGCUAUCAUCGCACGCGCUCCAAGUUCUGGUACGGUUCGAUGACGGUGCUCUGCAUGUAUGUGGCGACAUCGCUGGCGCUGAUGUUCGAUACGACGCACUGCAGCUGCGGCUACGUGUCGACCAUACUCAUUGCUAGCAGUUAUUCGAUGCUGACCUCCAUGCUGGGCACGGUGGGCUUCAUGCACAUUGCCCUAAUGGACUACUUGCGCAUACGCUACCGUCUCAUCAUGAAGCUGGUGGAGCAGCAGUACCAGAAGGCAACCGAGGCCAAUUCGCAUGAUGAGCUGCUGCAGCACAUGGAUCACCUGUUUAAAUUUACCAAGCGCUGCUCCCAGUUGUUGGACGUGAUGAACGGUGUGUGCGGCUACGUUAGCGGCGCUGGCGUCUUCUACGACUUUGCGCACAUGACGUGCUUUGUGUACAUGCUCUGCCAGAAGGUUCUCCACUUGGAGGCCUGGGACACACAGUAUACAUUUAUAUCGUUGCAUCUGAUGGCGCACAUCUAUAAAUUACUUAUGAUUAGCACCUACGGCUACCUGCUGCAGCGUGAGAAACGCAACUGUCUCCAACUGCUCAGCAACUUUGCCAAUAACUUCGGCAACCCCGCAACGCUUAAAAAGGCAGUCGAAUCCUUUCAGCUCUGGCGCAUGCACAAUAACCAUUCGGCUCGAAUUGGCUCCAGUUUUCCCUGCAACAUAUCGCUGAUCUAUUUGAUAUUAAACGCAUUGGCUAAUUAUGUAAUUGUUCUCGUACAAUUGCUCUUUCAACUACAGCUUAAGGACAAACAAGGUAAAGCAAUUCAAAUACCCAAGGAUGUGGAGCUAUUGAAGCCUAUUGGCCAAAACACCCAUCUUAAUAGUAGAAUAUAAUUUAAAAGAAAACUAUGAGCCACUUUUCUUUAAUUAGUAGUUACUAUUUUAGGAAAAUGAAAAUAUUUGUUUGAAAUAUUGCCGUUAGGGCUUUUAAUUGUUGUUGUAAAUGCAGUGUGACAAUGCAGUUGCAUACAGGAUAAAGGCACAAAAUUUUAGUUAAGAUCACCUAUUUUUGCCUACAUUUAGUAUAUGCACACAAAAAUACUGAAAUCGAAUACGCUAUAGCUU